GAAGGAGAACCCGGGGGCGGGGUCCGCGGCGCGCGCAAGCGUGAUCUCCGCGGUGGCGCGGCGAAGAUGGCGGCCUCCGGUUGGGUGCGCGCGGCCCUGGUCCUUCUCUGCGCCUCUGACCUGCUGCUGCCGCCGAGGGCCUGCGCUGCCGAGGGCGCGGCCGGGACGUCCGGGGAGGCCAGCCCGCCUCCGCGGAAGAAGAAGAAGGAUAUUCGCGACUACAACGAUGCGGACAUGGCGCGUCUGCUGGAGCAGUGGGAGAAGGAUGACGACAUCGAAGAGGGGGACCUCCCGGAGCACAAAAGACCCUCGGCCCCUAUCGACUUCUCCCAGAUAGACCCGGGCAGGCCCGAGAGCAUCCUGAAGAUGACGAGGAAGGGGAAGACGCUCAUGAUGUUCGUCACUGUGUCCGGAAACCCCACUGAGAAGGAGACGGAGGAGAUCACCAGCCUCUGGCAGGGCAGCCUUUUCAACGCCAACUACGACGUGCAGAGGUUCAUCGUGGGGUCCGACCGUGCCAUCUUCAUGCUUCGGGACGGAAGCUACGCCUGGGAGAUCAAGGACUUCUUGGUCAGUCAGGACAGGUGCGCCGAUGUGACGCUGGAGGGGCAGGUGUACCCCGGCCGGGGAGGCGGCGGGGAGAAGAAUAAAACGAAGCGGGACAAGGGCAAGACGAAGAAGGAGGGGGAGCCCAAAUCUCGGGCCGCCGAGGCCGCGAAGGAAGACAACCGCGCCGGGAGUAAGAGGGCGGAGCUGUAAGGGGGCCUCCCCGGCCGCCUCGGGGCGCCCCGGGCUCGGGCAGGGGCGGGAGCCACUCCCCGGAGAAUCCUGCGCCCGCGACCGGUUGGCCGUCCACACCAGAGUUACCGUUUAAGAGGCUUCGAGCGAGAAGACGGCGGCCUCGGCGUUAACGUUGGACUCGGACGCGUUCGAGGUUCCUGUAAAAUCACUGUAAAUGGAAACGGUGGCCCUUCGUGUCCGGGGGCGGCACUGGCUCCUGAGGCGCCCCUCCCCCUCACUGCCCUGGCUCUGCCCCCCCUCGUUUCCGCCAACCGGACGGCUGCCAGGUCCCAGCCAGCCGGACAGACGCCGUCCGUGGGACCGGGCCCCCCGCGGGCCGCAGACCCCGCCUCCGUGGCCGCGAACUCCCGCCCUGGCGCGGGGCUCGGUGCUCGUCCGCGCCGCACGGUCAGGACGCGGGAUGCGGAACCCCGCACGUGCGCGGUCACGUGGACACGCAAAGUCCCGACUUUGAAUUUGACUGGAGCCCCCGCCGCCAGUCGGGGACACCUCCCGGCGGCCGUCGGGUUUCGCGUGGUCCGUAAAGGCCAGGAGUUGUGCCUGUGUCCUGCUCGGGGCGGCCGUGCGGGCGGCGAGGGCUCAAACGUGCCAUUUAAUGUGACGACCGUCGGGGUGUGAAUCGGGAGCCGGCGGCGUGUGACAGAAGACUCCGUAACCUCAUCGUUUCUAAACGGUUUUUUUUGACAAAGUGCCUAAAUCUGUGGUGUUUUGUAUGGUACUAACCGCCCUGCAAUGUUCGUGCGUCAGACCUCCCCUGCGUACGAGUUACAGAAUUUAUAUGCAGGUGUCAUUUUUAAGGACUCACAUUGUUUGUACAGAACUUCCCUCACAAUUUUAACAGAUUGAAAAGGGCACACGGACGUGGUUAGGAAACGUCACCGCUGCAGGAGGGUCCAGAGUGAAAAGUGUGUGCCUACCCCUGCCACGGCCUUGUCUCGGUGCAACCUCCUGUUAAUUUGUUUCCAAAAAAAAAAAGUUCACUUCCCGGCCUGCAGCCGUGUGUUUGUUGUGGCCUCACCCCGUCCACGAAGUGCACCCCCUCCUGUGUGGCUGGAGCUUAGCCCCUGCCCUGUCCCGGGGAGGGCCGUCUGAGCCCCGUCUGAGCCCCUGCCCUGUCCCGGGGAGGGCCGUCUACACCCUUGCACGCAGCCACGGUGGGGCAAGCGCUGUCCCUUGGCACUCUCAGCGUGUCCCUUGAGCAUGUCGGCUCUCUGUCCUCUCUAGUCAGGAUGGAGCAGGUGUCCUGAUGGGACGGGCAUGGCGCCCUUCACAUGGUCCCGGGCCUUGUGUUUCCAGUUAGCAGCCUUCCGCGUGGGGAAGUCCUAAUCCCACCGCUUCCUGCGCAGGGUGCAGCCACGUCCCCCAGUGCUCGGAGCGUCUCUUACAUGCGAGGCAUUGCUGGGAGCCGGGGACGGCCCGGACCUGGGCCCAGGCGUCCUGAAACUUCGGGACCUGGUGGGAGAAGACAAAUACGCAUCAUGCACAAAGUGGCAACUGUUGGAAGACCUACACGGGCCUCGAGGUGGGGUGGAGGUGGGGGGAGCCUGGGGAUGUCGGCGAGGCCGUCUCUGGGGCAGGAGCAGAGGAACGGUCUGUGUCGGGGCCCUGUGGUUAGAAGGAGCAGAGGGGGGCUGGGGGCACAGUGCAGCACCCGCCUGAAGAGGGAAGGAGGUGCGUGGGGUCUUGCGGGAAUUUGGGGUGCCCUGAGGGAUUUUAAGCUGUGGUGGUCUGAGUGUGGGACACGAUCCAGUUUGGACCAGGCUGCGCUGAAAAACUGAUGGCGAGGGUUCCCCAGUGGGUGCGCGGGGCCGGCUGGGAGGGUGUUUUGGUCGCGGGCCACGGCUGCGGGUGGCCCAGAUUAGCAGGGUGGGGGUGACCUCCGCCCCGCAGCUGACCCGCGCCGUGCCUCCCGGUAGACCCUUGAGUUUGCAGUUUUCGGCGUUUCGUUCCGACAUACGGCUGCCCAGAUAUUUUGGUCAACUUUUGUUUAUAUCUGAAGGGCAGGUUCCCGGCAGUGGACUCGCCAGAACAAACGCAAGGUGACGUCUUGGUACAUAUUGCCGACCUGCUGUCCCAGGUGGUUCCGUUACCUUGUCCCUCUGCCAACAGUAGAUCUCAGAUCCUCGCUGGUACCGGGCGUUGCGUUUGGCCGGUUCACUAGAUGCAAAAGCCGGUAGCUUUGUCGGCUACCCCGAGGCCACCGCGCCGGAGAGGCCCCGUGGAGACAGAGAUGCCGGUGGCGGGUGGGGUCCGCACCUGCCCAGCCCCCGCCGUGUCCAGCCCACGUGCACGUGUGUGAGCUUGGGCGCCUUCAAAUGCUUCCCGCCGCAGCCUCCAAGGCCUCCUGGAGACGGCUGUCACCACCUGGCCCGCCAGCCUGCAGAUUCACGAGCAAGAGAAGUGUGUUUAAGGGAUGUGGGGGGAGUGUAUCCACACACACCCACCUACGUACGCAAGUUUACCUGUGCUCGUUCACGUCGCUUUUAAUGUCCUGAUCCAGUACAUCCGCGUGGUAGCUUUAACGAUCAGCUACGAAACACCAGCACGUCAUUAGGGGGACAUCCUUGCCCCCUUGGUCCUCAUGCCCUCUGGUUUUUGACGGUCACGCUGUUUUUAGUGCUGCUGGUGGUUUCCUUUAUAUACAGUGGUAACCCUCUUUCUUAUUUUUCUUGUUUUGUUUUGAGAGAGAGAAUUCAAAGCAGGCUCCGUGCUGCCGUCGCAGAGCCCGCCUCGGGGCUUGAACACACGAACCUCGAGAUCAUGCCCUGAGCCGAGAUCGAGUUGCGUAACCGACUGAGCCGCCCAGGCGCCCCUGUUUUUUUAAUUAAACCACCUUCACCAGCAUGCGUUAACCCAUAACCAAGGCGGGGAAUUCACAGACUUUCUCCUCUCUCCCUGAUUCUCAUCAGUGUCUUACUUCUAGUGGUCCAAGGCCAACUGUCUUUCUCCUUAAUAAUGAUUUUUUUUUAAUGAUUUCUUUUUUUUUUUAAUUUUUUUAACGUUUUAUUUAUUUUUGAGACAGCGAGAGACAGCAUGAACAGGGGAGAGGCAGAAAGAGAGGGAGACACAGAAUUGGAAGCAGGCUCCAGGCUCCGAGCCAUCAGCCCAGAGCCCGACGCGGGGCUCGGACUCACAGACCACGAGAUGGUGACCUGAGCUGAAGUCAGACACUUAACCGACUGAGUCACCCAGGUGCCCCAAUAAUGAUUUUUUUCUAUCAGAUUCCUGGAGAUCCUUCCUGCUAAUGUUCAGUAAUUUUGCUAAGAAGUUUUAUGGAUUUUCCUUCCUUCCUCUUUCUUUCUUUCUUUCUUUCUUUCUUUCUUUCUUUUUUUAAUUCUAAUAGAACAUGGUGUGUUAUUUUCAGUUGCAGAUUCAGGGAUUUUUUUUUUUUUUCUUACCAUUUUGGAAACAUUUACCUUUGUGUUGGGUUUUGGGCACCCAGUUUUUUUCUUAGUUCUGAAAUGAGAUUUUUUUCUUUAAAAUCAUUCUGGUUUUAAUCUCAGUGAGUUGGUUUUAUUAAAAUUCAAGGUUUUAUUAAAUUUUAUGAACUCAGAAAGUCCAAAUGGAGAAUCCCCACCUUGGGUUCUUUUUUUUUUUCCCCCCCAGAAUAGAAUAUUUAUCUGUAUUUGUAAGUAUAUUUUUCUGUUGUUUUUUUAUUGCAAAAUGUUUGGCUGCCACAUCGUUGUUUUUCCCCUCCUGUUCAUGCUCAGCAGACAGCUUUUCCCAGGCCUUGGCCUACAGCAUCUAUUUUAGGUGCAUUCUGAGUUUCCUCCAUCCUUGUCUGAGCAUUGUUUUAUCCGUUGGAGCUGGGACCCAGGGGCCGGCUGUCCCCCAGCUUUCCUAUAGCUGAGCAGGGAGGCCAGGGGCCCGGGCAGGGCCGUGCGGUCUGGCUCGACAGGCGGGAUCUGCCCCGCUGUGGGUUUACCCGUGCCCUGGACCGGGGCUCUCCUCGCACGGUGGCAGCGGGAGGGGUCACCACUGCUCCUGGGAGGCCACUUGUCAGGUCUCCGGAGAGUUUCUCAAAUUAGCCGUGGACCUUGGGCUGUUGGCUCCUCUCAGAGAGGGAGGGUCAGGCUGGGGCGUCCUUUUCUGCUCCACUCUGAAAACCAUGUUGCCUCCCGUGUCCGCAGGAGGAGGAAGGGCCACAGGGAAGCUGCUGUUGGCCAGGGCGGGCCUAGGGCACCGGGGGAGUUGGGGGGGGGGGGGGCUUGUUGCAAGCACAUGAGGUACAGGUGUCACAAGGCGCAGCAACCAAUGCAAAUACUGUUUUCACACUGUAUUUAAGAAAUUAAGUAAAUGCGAAAAAGCUGACAAAAGUUGACAGCGUUAAAGGCAGAAUCGGAGAGUGGGGAUCAGAGUGAACAGUGAGGCCACGCCACACCAGCGCGGGGUCUGGCAGACGUCCGUCAGCACGUCCUCUGUUUUAAAAGGUCAUAUUUUCCCUGACUUCCUGGGUUCUUGCUCCCAGACCAAGAACUGAAAUCCUUGUUUUUACUGAGGUGAUAUGACGGCGACGUUAAGAGAUCCCUAUAAAAGGAAGAACUGAGCUACCCACACGCCACCCAGCUCUUGAAGCUAUUUUCAUUCGACCACGCUUCCUUCCAGAACA